CGUCGUGAACGAGCUGCGCGCGCACAAACCGAAAGGGCUAAUAUAUUAAUGUUAAUCAGGAAGACAAAAUAGAACAUGUGAAUUGAAAGCAAAAUAUUUGCAUGCGAUUUAAAAAAUAAUAAUAAUGAAAUGUGAUCAUCAAUGCAGUGCCAUGAAAACGAAAUGAUAUGGAGAAGAGCAAACCGGGAAUGAAGAGUAGGAGCCUCCGUUAGAGCAGCUCGGUUUCAGAACAGCAAUGAGAAUUGGAGCUGGAGAUGAGUGAAUACCUGGGCUUUGUUAAUUUGUUUUUAGUAACCAUUGGCGCCCAGGGCAGGUUGAGCGAUGCCUGGUUAAGUGGAAUAUAGUAGGUCAUAGGGGUUGAGAGGACACUCGAGUGUACAUUGGCGUGGUGCAAGGGCACUCACUUGCCCAGACCAUGUGUUUGGCAGAGUUUACGCACCAUGUGUUGCCUGCACACCUAUCAAAGCAGCGAGGAACCGCAACCAUCACCACCCGCCGUGGUCUUUUAAUGUGGAUGUUAUGUUCCUACUGGCCAUUUACAGUGGUGACCAGCCAGAACUUCAACCCGACUGUGAACACCCAGUUUGGGAAGCUGAGGGGCCUCCGGGUUGCGGUGCCAGGUGAGGUCCUUAAGCCCGUUGAUCAGUACCUUGGGGUGCCGUACGCUGCCCCUCCCAUCGGGGAGAAGCGCUUCAUGCCCCCAGAGCAGCCCUCUUCCUGGUCAGGGAUCAAGAAUGCUACCCACUUCAUGCCUGUGUGCCCUCAGAACAUCCGCAACACAGUGCCUGAAAUCAUGAUGCCCAUAUGGUUCACCUAUAACCUGGACACAGUGGCCAACCUCAUUCAGGACCAGAACGAGGACUGUUUGUAUUUAAACAUCUAUAUUCCAACAGAGGAUGGGUCCCACAGCAAGAGUCAAGGAGUGGAUUUCUCUCAUGGUGACAGUGAAGACAUUCGGAACACUGAGGCUAGGCCUGUGAUGGUCUACAUCCAUGGAGGAUCCUACAUGGAGGGGACAGGAAAUAUGAUCGAUGGGAGUGUGCUGGCCAGCUAUGGGAAUGUCAUCGUCAUCACUCUCAACUACAGGGUCGGAGUACUAGGGUUCCUCAGUACAGGUGACCAGGCAGCUAAAGGAAAUUAUGGACUCCUGGACCAGAUCCAAGCCCUGCGUUGGAUCAGCAAGAACAUUGGCUAUUUUGGAGGAGACCCUGGUCGCAUCACUGUCUUUGGAUCUGGGAUCGGAGCAUCCUGCGUCAGCCUGCUCACACUGUCCCAUCACUCUGAGGGCCUGUUCCACAGAGCCAUCAUCCAGAGUGGCUCAGCCCUGUCCAGCUGGGCCGUCAACUAUCAGCCUGUCAAGUACACCCGCAUGCUGGCCGAGAGGGUGGGCUGCAACGUGCUGGACACCCUGGACAUGGUGUCCUGCCUGCAGAAGAAGAGUGCCAGAGAGCUGGUGGAGCAGGACAUCCAGCCAGCCCGCUACCACGUAGCCUUUGGCCCCGUCAUCGAUGGUGAUGUCAUCCCUGAUGAUCCCGAGAUCCUGAUGGAGCAGGGCGAGUUCCUCAACUAUGACAUCAUGCUGGGUGUCAACCAGGGGGAAGGGCUGCGCUUUGUGGAGACUGUUGUGGACCUGGAGGACGGCGUAUCUGGCAGCGACUUUGAUUUUGCUGUGUCGGACUUUGUGGACAGCCUGUAUGGCUACCCGGAGGGGAAGGACACUCUGAGGGAGACCAUCAAGUUCAUGUACACGGACUGGGCCGACAGGGACAACCCGGAGACCAGGAGGAAGACAUUAGUUGCCCUGUUCACUGACCACCAGUGGGUGGAGCCCUCAGUGGUGACAGCUGACCUGCACGCCCGCUACGGCUCGCCCACAUACUUCUACGCCUUCUACCACCACUGCCAGAGCCUGAUGAAGCCUGUGUGGUCGGACUCGGCCCACGGGGACGAGGUGCCCUAUGUGUUUGGCAUCCCCAUGGUGGGAGCCACUGACCUGUUCCCGUGCAACUUCUCCAGGAAUGACAUCAUGCUCAGCGCUGUGGUCAUGACCUACUGGACUAACUUCGCUAAGAGUGGGGAUCCCAACAAGCCAGUUCCUCAGGACACCAAGUUCAUCCACACCAAGGCCAACCGCUUUGAGGAAGUGGCCUGGUCCAAGUACAACCCCCAUGACCAGCUGUACCUUCACAUCGGCCUGAAGCCUCGCAUCCGUGACCACUACCGCGCCACCAAGGUAGCUUUCUGGAAGCACCUGGUGCCCCACCUGUAUAACCUCCAUGACAUGUUCCAAUACACCUCCACCACCACUAAGGUCCCUCCCCAGGACACCACCAACUCCAACGGUAAGAGGACUGGCACCACCAAGCGUCCGCCUGUCUCCACGGCCCACAGCAGUAACGGGGAAGAGGAGGAAACGGGUCCUCUGAUUGUGGCUAACCCGAGAGAUUACUCCACUGAGCUGAGUGUCACCAUCGCUGUGGGCGCUUCACUGCUGUUCCUCAAUGUGCUGGCCUUUGCCGCGCUCUAUUACCGUAAGGACAAGCGCAGCCGGCAGGAUGGCCACGGCAGCCCCCAUCAAGCCAGUCCCCAGCGACAGAGCAACGGCAAUGAAGUGAGCCACACCACCACCACCAUCGACGAGAGCCUGUCCCAUCAGAUGACCCAGAGCAGCCAGAUGAACCAGUGUGACACCCUGCAUGACCUCCAUGAUCUCCACGACCUCCAUGACCUUCAUGACCUUCACGAUCCCCUGCACCUCUCCACCAACAUGGACUACACCAUGACCCUGCGCCGCUCACCAGACGACAUCCCCCUGAUGACACCCAACAAUAUCACCAUGAUCCCCAACUCCUUGAUGGGCCUUCCCAAUAUGCACCCCUACAGUACCUUCCCAUCCGGGUACAACUCCACAGGCCUGCCCCACUCCCACUCCACCACCCGGGUAUAGACCCAGCCUGGGACAGAUGACAUACAGACCACAGGGGACAGAGAUUGUAGAGGUGAGUUGAGGUGUGUGCUGUGCUGUACAGUAGUUUAGGAAUGAAUACAAAACAGAAGUUGGUAUGGGAUGCGUGGGUAAGAUAAGUUUGAAUUUAUGUUCAUACUGCAAGAGCCAUACAAAGCUUUUUCUGCUCAAAGGGUGCAGAAUCGCCGCCAAUAUAAUACUACUGCCUCCUCUUCCUCACAGAAGGAGGUCUAUAAGCAGUGUCAUUUUCUUAUAAUCAUUUUCAAAAGCCUUUGUGUGCUGGUUAAAACAUGGGGAAAAAAAGCUUUUUAUUUCCCAUUCUUGUCUUUUGAGGGUAACAUUUAUUUGUUUCUUUCUUGUACAACCUCAGUAUAGUGUUUGUACAGUUGGAUUUGUACGGGAAGCUUUUUUCUUACUAUGAUAUCUGUUUUGAUUUUCAACAAUUCUUUGUGGAACAAUUAACAUCUGGACUCAUCCGUGACUGAAGGACAUUUGUAAAAAGCAGAAAAUCUGUGUUAUGAAGCUAUUUUAUACAUAUUCCUCAUGUUACUCACAACUUAAAAGGGUAUUUUUUACUUCCUGACUAAAGAAUGGCUUGUUACUGUAACAUUCUCUGCUUAGAGAAAUACUGUUACGGUGACUGUGAUGAAUUGAACCUUCACUACAACAUUGAUUACAAUUUGUAGUAAAAGUAUCACAUUUAUCCAAACAAUAUUUCUAUUUGAAUAUGCACAACGUGUGUGCGUUCGUGUGUGUGUGUGUGUGUGUGACUGUGUGUGUGUGUGUGUGCGUGUGUUUGUGUCUGUUUGCGUGCGCGUAUGUUUGUGAGCGUGCGCGUGUCUGUGCACACGCAAAGUGCAAUGUACAAGUGUAAAUUGGUAAGACAUUUGUUUGACAUUUGUUUGAAGUAUUGGCUUUCAUCAUAUUAGUGUUGUACUCCGAUCUAUGGUCGUCUGUUUAAGUACCUUUGUUAUUUUUCAGUUGACUGUGUCUUCUUUUGCUAAACACGUUCUGCGAAUGCGACUUCUGCUUUGUUAUAAACAGAGAAUAGCUUAAGAUGGCACCUACUCUAACCAACUGAUAUGAUUCCAUAGGCUUGGCUUGUUUGUACAGAAUAAACUUAGACCAGCAGUUUUUUUAUUGUUAUUUGUUUAUAUGAAUAUAAAGGUAUUCAGUAAGAUAAUUAAGUAUAUCACAAUUGUAUGUAUAAACUACCUGAAUCAAUCAGAUUUUAAAGAGUUUUGCUUAAAAUAUUGCAGAUUGAGCAAGCUGAGAUUCACCCAUAGGCUUCAUCCCAUUUACACAAAAGCCAGAUUUUGCAGCAUAACACGUUUUGAAGCAUUACUAUGAAAGUGUCUUUUGAAUUCAAUGUGAACACUUCACAGUAUUAUUCUGGGAGAAUGCACAUCGCUCUGAGAAUUAUUGUCAUCUUGCUUUCUUUGAUACGAUCAUAGAACACAAUUGACUAAUACUACUGUUCAAUAUCAAUGGGCUGAUUAAAGAUUUUUUGGAACUGA